AUGUCGGGGCAACAACCCUUGCUCCCACCUUUCCCUAGGGACGACGAGUUGAAUAGUGAUCUGUCUAUCCUCGACAGCUCGAAAAGCCCUACUUCUAUAAUUGGAAAGGCAACCAGAAACAGAACACCCCUCCCCGGGUAUCCCCUCCUGAGCAUCACUGCCUCGGACGAAGUUGAAGCCUUCCUAUCCGACAAUCUUCUCACACGUGAGUUGGACCAGCUACACCCCAUACUAUGGCUGGUCGGAACACGGAAGAGCAAUCACGUUUAUCCACUACACCGGCAGAUCGUUCGAGGUCGCGAAAUCAUUCUUGCUGAAGACCCCGGUCUACAUCUCCUCUGGUACUACGACAAGAUCUACAUCAAGCCAAUCCCGAAAUAUCUGCUCAACCACGCCGUCUGGCAGGUAUAUCUAUCAGGACAGUCCCAAGAAUCAAGGGACCUUCGAAGUGCCGCCCUCGGAUUCAUGCGCACAUACGCAUGGCUCAUUCAAAGCGAACAUGACUUCGAGAUCGCUCGCGCAAAAGGCCUCAUUCCAAGCGACAUUUCCGGAAUGGACGGAUACACAGACUUCAUCUACUUUAUCGACCACUUCCGACACGUUCCAAACUCGGAGGUAAACCUACGAUACCGUCAAUACGGACAGCUCCGACUCAGCCGUCUGAACAUAUGGACCAAACUGUACUUGUGGCGGAUGUUCUACUACAAGGUCGACGGGCAAUACGGGGCAUAUUUCGCGCGCUUUACGCCCCCAUUCCUGUUCAUUUUUGGUUCUGUCAGCGUUGCAUUGUCGGGGAUGUGUGUUGUCCUCGCGGUCGAUGAUGGGUUCAACAAGGUCCCCAACCAUGCUUUUGCCGCCGUGUCGAACUGGUUUUCGAUUGUUUGUUUGGCGAUCGUUGCCGGUGUUUUGGCUUUCUUUCCCCUUGCCCAAGGCGCUUUCUUGCUUCGGGAGCUGGUGUAUGUUACUGUGAACUGGAAUUGGAAUAAGGCGCAUUUUCGGGGCUGA